AUGGCCUUUCUAAUGAAAAGUAUGUUGAGCAACCAGGUAAAGAAUUUGGGACUUGGAGGUGGAGGGGAAGAAAGCAAAGAAGAUAGCACUCCUUCUGACCCAGCAGCAGCUGCAGGAAUGACCAGAGAGGAGUAUGAGGAAUAUCAAAAGCAAAUGGUUGAGGAGAAGAUGGAAAGAGAUGCAGCAUUUGCACAGAAAAAAGCAGAGCGAGCCUGUCUGAGGGUUCACCUGAGAGAAAAGUACAGACUCCCUAAGAGUGAACUGGAUGAGAAUCAAAUACAGAUGGCUGGAGAUGAUGUGGGUUUGCCAGAAGACUUGGCAAAAAUGGUGGCAGAAGAUCAAGUGGAGGAAGAGGACAAGGACUCUAUCCUGGGACAGCUGCAGAACAUCCAGAAUAUGGACAUGGAUGCAAUCAAAGAAAAGGCACAAGCCACCUUCACUGAAAUGAAACAGGCUGCUGAGCAGAAAUGUUCUGUGAUGUAG